GUCAAGGAAUGCUGCCGCUGUGGAUCCCGGCGCACGAGGUGGGUGACACGACGCUGCAGACGAUCAUCUCGUGUCCAGGCGACGGUCAGAACCGGUCGACCUUGACCAAUUCGCCGCUGCGAUUGGUCGGCGCCGUCAGGGAUGUCGUCAUUCGACCAAUCAGCAAAUACUACCGACCUGGAGAAACUGUUGAAUUCUGGGUUCUGGCGUUGGAUCAUGAUCUGCGCAUGGUCUCCGAUGGAACUCUGGGCUCAGUGGCGUUGCUGGACCCCAUGGGAACCAAGGUCACGGUUUGGAGUGAGGUUGCUUUGUACGAGGGUGUGAAACACUUUUCGCUACCGCUGUCGCCAUUGGCUGUGGAAGGCGCGUGGUCGCUGACGGUGAGCGUGGAUGCGCGUGUGUUCGCUGCUGAGCUGAAUGUGUCGCACGCACGCGGCAGCACCGAUGCACUCCUGCCUGAGCUGCCAAUUGCAGAGGAGCAUUUCGUCGAGUUGCGUUUCUCGCAGGAGAUGAGACGUCGCUACAAGCCCGGACUGCCGUUUGUCGGCAAGGUGGAAGCAGUAAGCUCAGAGCAGGCUGUGAGAGUGAGAGUCAAAGUACUGGACAAUACCACUGCCAUCUACAGUCAAGACAUCGAGAUGGCCAGGGGUGAGGGCACUUUCCUAGUACCCGCCAUAUUGUCUGACAGUGAAGUCAUCACGCUUUUGGCUGAACUGGUGUCAGUGGCUGGGAAGGAAACAGACAGUCACUAUGUAUUGGCGAAAGAACCAGUACUCAAAUGGAAGUCAUCGUCUUCUUGCUAUCUACUCAUUGAAGGAAUAGAGAAAACACUACAGCCAAACGACGAAGCCCAUGCCGUUAUUUUGUCAUCGUGUCCGUGCGACCGCACCUUCCAUCACGUGAUAACGACAGAGGGACACGUGACCUACUGGAACCAGACAGACUCGAUGACGGACGACCAAGUUCCUCCGCCGGUCUCCGUUGACGGCGCUGCUAUUUGCCGCAUCAAUUUCACAUUCAAAGUGGAAGCAGUUAUGGCACCUGUCAGUCACCUCCUAGUUUAUUACAUCACUCACGAAGGGGAGCCAGUCAGCGACACCAUCAGCUUUGAUGUCAAUCUCCUUCAAAGAGAGAGUAGCGUAAAUUUGGAGCGUAGAGCCACAUGGUAUCCUGGUGAGAAUAUGGACGUCGAAGUGCUGGCUGAGAUUGGCACAUUCGCUUGUCUAGUUGGAGGACGAGGUGGAGAUGUCAGAUAUCAACACAGGUUUGUGAGUGAAAGCGAGGACUUCACAGAGUCCGGCCUGGUUUUUCUGCAGCAGUUCUGUGAUAUGAAAGCGAAUGGAACAACAUGCAGAAUCACCGGGCAGAAUAAGCCUGAUCCUUCAGCUAUGGUGCGACAUAGUCUCAUGGCUCACAUGAAUCUCGAACAAAUUUGGUACUGGAAGUGCUUCAACUACACACCAGAGAUCGAAGCAACGGGACUGACGAUUCCGGCCCCCCAGCAGCCGGGCAAGUGGUCUCUCUCUGCCCUCCUGCUUCCCCCCUCACCACUGCCAGGCUUCCGUCUCUCUCCGCCCGUCACCUUCAACGUGUUUCGGCCAAUCACCGUAGAGUUCCGUUUGGCGCCCAAUAUUAAAGUCGGCGAAGCGCUGGAGGUCGAUGUGAAGAUUGGCAACAAUGUCAACUCGUGUGUUGAUGUGAAUGGCUUGUUGUCUCUGAGCGAAGGAGCUCAUUUCACAGGAGUGAAUCAGCCGCUGGUGGCCGAGAAACUGAGGCUGGGUCCCCAGGGAGCCACGUCUCUUGUGGUCAGGGUGGUUGCCACUAGUCCAGGAAUCAAGAAUAUGACUGUUCAAGUGUCGGCAGUUGUGAGUAAAAACUGCCAGUCGACAGAGAGUGGAGCUGAUCAGCAGAAUAACAGUCUAGUGGGAACUGUGAUCCACUCCGGAACGGUUCUUGUCUACCCAGAAGGAUUGGAGAGGAAGCAUACUGAGAGUGCUUAUUUCUGUGCGAAUGAGCAAUUGAUGAUAUCUACAGAGAACAACUUCCAAUACGAAUUCCUGCAGGCGCCUAGGAACAGACAAAACAUAGUUUUCGAAAUAAGAGCUGGAGGCAGUGUUCACAUUGCACUGAGUGACAUCCAGGGAGUGUCCGACGUUUCCUAUGUUAUCGUCAUUGGUGGAUCCGAUAACAGGCUAUCAUGGGUCACCAGAGGAAAGCAUGGUUAUGGUAGGCGCUUACAGAGUUGGUCAACCCCUGAAAUCCUAUCGGAAGAGGAAAGCAGAACUUUCUGGCUGAGCUGGGAGUCUGGAACAUUGAAGAUGGGUCGCGGUCACAUACCCUACUUCAAUGUCUUCCUGCAAUUCAAGUAUGCGCCCAAAAUGAGAAUCAACUUCCUUGGAUUUGCCACUGAAUGGGGUCGCAAAGCUGAUUUCAGGAUUUGGAACUACAACGACGAAGCAGGCUUUUCGCAAGUGCUGCAUCUGGAUGUGCCCAGAUCUGUGCUGCCAGGAUCUGAGACUGGCACCCUCAUCAUCAAUGGUGGUCUAUCUCUGCUUUCAAUAUCACACAUUCUACCAAGGACUCCGACGCUCCAUACUAGCCUUGCCACAAUCCUGUCUCAAAUCGCGCCUCUCCUAGCGUCAGCGGCUGGCAUGUCCAACGACACAUCAGAGCUGCUUCACCAGCACGUCCAGAAUUUAUUGUCGUUCCGAAACGCCGAUAACUCUUUUGGGGAUCAUCGAAACGUCUCCAGUCACUGGAAUACUCUGCAUGUACUGCAGACCCUGCACAGCGCACAAACCUACAUCGGCAUUGAUGUCGACCUCAUCUCCUCGAUAAUCGCGUGGAUCAAGAAGAGGCAGAACAGCGACGGCAGCUUCCAUCCGAGUGCUAUGGAUUUCACAAUCAGGAAUGCGACUCCAGCCAACAUGAUCAUCCAAACCACAGCGGAAACAGUCGCUGCGUUGCUGCAAAUUGGAAUUGAGACUGAGGAUGAUGCCGAAACUGUCCUGAAAGCCAGAUUCUAUCUGGAAGGCUGUCUCUACCACGAUCUCGACCCUGUAUCAUUGGCAAUGCUGAGCUACGCCCUAGUGCUAACCGAAAGCACAAUGGUUCCCCAAGCCAUCGAAAAACUGCGCAAGGCAUCAACCAAUGAGGAGGGAGACUUCGGCUGGCCACAUCCCGCCGACAAUUCUGAUUGGCUGUACGAGGAAGGGGGCGGGCAGAUGAAGCCUCAAGUGCUGCCCAAUGUCAUCGAUUACAGGGCUUCGUUAUAUGUCCUCAUGACCUACUCGAUCCUCCCCGAUUUGAAGCUGGCCGAACCAGUAGCGAGGUACCUGUUUUACAGGUCGCAUGUGCUGGACAAACAUACGGAACUGGUUUACACGGCUAUGAGAGCGUUCACUCUGUACUCAUCAUGGGCUGUAGAUAAACACAGACAACUCACCCUCUCACUGGCCACCUCAGGGAUGGAACUCACCGAUACCUUGGAACUGAGGAACACAUCAGUGUCGCAAGUCCUCCAGUUGCCAUCUCUGCCAACGAAGGUGUUCGUGUAUGCGACUGGGGCUGGAUGCGCCACUGUGCAAGGUCAUGUUAGUUACACCACAUAUUCACCGUCCAAGUCGAACACACUACUUGAGAUCUGGGCCGGAGUAGAACAGGAGACUCUGCCGCCCCGCAACUCUGCGCAGGAGUCUAUCUUCCUCGAGAUCAAAGUUUGUGUGCGGUGGAAAGGCGCCGCCAAUGCUUCCGGUGUUCUCCGUGCGGAGGUGGAUCUCUUCUCAGGUUUCCAGCUCUGCUCUUCGCCACCAACCAAUGACAAUCUGCACUAUGGAGCACAUGACAAUAAAGUCUGGUUCACUAUGACGAAUGUGAAAACUGAAUGCUUGAAGCUGACAGCAUGCAGCGUUUACAUGGUGAGCGGCCUUCGCCCCGCCCUUGCCUCGGUCUACCCAAUCAUGUCGCCGCAUUUGGCCGUCGAGACAUUCUUCCACACGCGGCGAGCCAGUCCACUGCUGGCUGACACCACCGAUGAUGACUUCAUCACCUGGUUCGGAAGUGAUUACAAUAAUGACAACGCCGUCUGGAAAGACCCAGAGAUGUCAACACAGCAACACAAGGAUGAACUCCCAGACAUGAUUGUGCUGAGUGACUUGAAUGAAGACCAACAAUUCAUGAAUGAAGAAACAUCAACAUUCACGCCAUUCAACAUCGUCUUGAACAGCAACGGAUCAUACUUCAUUGAAACCAACAAUAAUUUCAACGAUAUCGAUCAAGAUUCAACGAAAAUCUAUAGUGAUGAUACAAUCAAUGAUAACCAGAACGAGAACAAUGGUGGUGAUGGGAGCGCUGUUAGUUCAAAUCGGUAUGAAAAAUCUAAUGUUGGAAAGAAUUUGAAUAAGAAGGUUAAGAGUGGAAGUCCAGAGGUUGAAGAGGACUUGCUUAAUAAAUCGGGGGCCGAACAUAAUGUGGGAGACAUCCAUAAGGGAAUAGUAGCGAAGAAGGGUUUCAAAAAUGGCAAGAUGAAGUUGAAAGGAAAGAAGAAAGGUGUAAAAUCUCCAGGUCUCUCAGAAGUUGUGAAGAGAGUUUUGGUUGAGCCAACAAAAGUUUCUGAAAUAAAAGAUAAUGAGUUGACUACUAGAAUUGAUUUGGAGAGAACAGUUUUGACAACAAUUUUUCCUACUUUUGGCAAUAAUUCAGAUGUAAAAGCUGUGACUCCUCAUGAGGUGUCAGUCAAGGAGAAUAGUUCCCAGAAAGAUGAAUCAAAAGUGGAGAACCCCGUUGCAACAACAACAGAAUCAUCACUUUUGAGUAUUGUGUACUCCACUGCUACCCCACAAACAAUCCUACAUGUUGAGAACGCUACCGAAAACUUGAAAAACUCUCCAGCUACUCAUAAAAUCCCAGAAGAGCUCAACACAAAUCUUAGAGACAUCGAGAUCCCAAUCACGCAUCAGACCACUUCUCAACCGACUCUGCCUCCUCAAAAAGUAUCAACCAGCAGUUGAAAACUGAGACAUUUUCAGAAACGACAACUACCAGGCAGAGUGAUAGCGGAGUUGUUGAGUCUGAAGCAGCCGCUAAGACAACCGAAAAGUUUUUGGUGUUGGAUCGUCAGGCGCUUUUGGGAAUUCUGCGCUCUGAUGACAAGAAACAAAGCAACACAGCGUCAGCAGGUUAAGGCCAAACAUUGUUGUAACCAAGGACGAAAGUUCAAUUGGAAUGAAAGUAAUUGUCGCAAUAAUAGUAAUGGUUGUUAAAUGUGGAAAAGCGUAUCACUAGGUGUGUCUCGUUGCUUGAUACAGUAUUUAUUUUCUUACAAUUAAAUCUAGAAGAUUGCACAAUGUUCAUGUUAACUCACCAGAUUUUCGAUUCCAUUCAAUGUAAAGUUCCAACUCCAAUCAUAAUCACAAUAUUGAUAUUUUUUGGUAUUAAUAUCCUCCUCUCUCUAUAAUCAUGAGCAUUGAUGAAUCAUUUUGUAAAAAUGUAAAUAGGUUCUCUAGUUAUAAUAAAAUACUCCAAUGACAAUGUAUAGUACCUGUUUGUCUGGUAUGCUUGGCUUCUGGCUGGUCGAGUUUGGGGUCGACUCAUUGCAGUUCAAAGCUACAGGAAUAGAUUACAACAAAGAUGGUAAUAGAGUUAGAGUAUUCUUUUUUUUUCAUUAAUAUUAAUAAAUACAAAUAAUAUUAAAGUAAAUCAAUAGCUGAUAAGAAUUUUAAUGGCGAAUUGAUAUGGGUAUUCUUAUAGUUUCAAAAUUCUCAAAAACCUUCAUUGUGGGCCAGUUAAUAGCAGGAUUUGCAGUUAAACUUGAAUAUUGAUCUCCACAAUCUAUUUCAACUACUCAGUAAUCAUUGAAUUUUCCAUCAUGAACGAUUAUUUUAUUAUUGAGUAUCAAAAUCAAAUCAAAGAUUUAUUUAAAAUGUACUUCUGCAGAAUGACAGCAUUUACAGAAUGAAUUUACAGCAAUUCAGAUUUCAGUUUAAUUUUGUCUUGUUUGAAAAUUUUAAUAAUCGAUUUUGCAAUGUUGCUGCUUCAUACAUGAAGAAAAUGUAUUUUAUUUAUUAUGAUAUAUUCAUUACUUCAGAAAUGCUUUAUGUUAAUUGUAUGAAUUACCAUUUUAGGAUGACAUUUUUAAAGCGUAGGCCUAUCCUAGGAUUUGCAGUUUCUGAAUUGGAAUUUUCCCAGUCAGGAGCCAAGGUGAUACCAAGUUUGGCGCGAUAUUUACCUGCAAUUUUUACAUUUUAGAUUUUAUUUCAUACCACUGACAGGGUAUCCACUAACUACUUGAAAUGUUUACUGUUAAUUUAUGUGUUUUUUCAACAGUAACUUAUUUCAUUGGUAUGGAUUUUCAAAUAAAUCGCUGAAUUCAUUUUUGUCAAUUUUAUAAGAUACAAUAGUUCUGAAAUAGUCUUCAUUAACGCAUUUUCAUUUCUCUCAAAAGAAUAAUUCUAUUACAGCUUAUUCAGUAGUAGUCUAAUUGUUAUAAUGCAAUUAUCUUUUCAAAUAUUCACAAGAAGUCAAUUUACACUAAAAAAUUCUGUUUGAAAUUAUUUCGACUAGAUGAGAAAUGAGCUAAUGUCAGUACAGUAUUAAAAAUGUCAAUUGAAAAAACAUUGUGUCAAAUAUUAUUGAUGGCUGAUGUAGGUAUGUGUGUGAUAAUUUCACUAUGAUUUGAAAAUUAGGAAGUGGAAAUGGUUUCCUAUGAUAGCUUAAGCUAGUGCGAGUGAUAAUAGAAAAUAUUCAUAAUGACUACCUACUGGCACAGACGUUAUUUAUAAGAAAAAAUAAUCUGAUAGUAUUGAAAAUAUUAAGCUAAAUCAACUAUCUAACUUAUUUUGUACGGUACAUGUAAAAAUUUGUGAUCUUUGACAACUUGGAAAUUUUUAUUUUCAAUUUGAGAUUUGUCGCAAUAAAUAUUUGUUAGUCAAAUCCUUAUUUUAGUUGAACUCUAAUAAAUUGUGAGUACAAUGAGGAAGCUUCUUGCUAUAUAUCUUUAAAUUUGAUCAAUACUGAAAAUAUUGCAUUAAAGUAUUACCUAUUAUUGCAUUAUUUUAGUAUUGAAAAUAUUGCUGAGAAUAUUGAGAUUUUUAAAUUUGAUCAGUACUGAAAAUAUUGCAUUUAUCUUAAUUUUCAACACAGCAUGAUGGAAUGCUUACUUUCUUAAUAACUGGUUUAAAAGAUUGGAAAUAUAAACUUAAUUCAUAAGUAGCCUACCGUAUCAAUAUGGUAUCUAUCGGUUUUUCUAUUUUACUAUUAUAUUUUAUUAUUUUAGUAGCUUAAACCGUUGAGUUUCUUUGGUUUAAUUUAUUGCUGUCCUAAAAAAUAAUGAAUCGACCGUGGAAUUACUAAAAUAAUAAAUUAUAGAUCCUGUUUUUUUAUGUGUCCUGAAAGAUUCCUUGAUUAUGAAAUUACUAAAUUAGAUUAUGCAUCAUGGAUUGUUCGGCUCUGAGACAUUAGCAGCAAUUCCAGACAUUCAACUUCAUUUACCUCCUCAGAUCAAUUGAUCGGAAUUCUUUUGUUCUACUUCCUAUGUAAAUAGUUUCUCUUUAGAUAUCGAUGUUACAAUCCUUGAAAAAGUAGAGAGGUCGCUUGAUUAGAAUAAUUGAUAAAUGUAAGAUUAGCGAUGAUGAUUGGAGUAUGAAUUAUAAAAAAAAACACUCGCUUUCCAGCUCAAGGUGUUAAGUGCUCAAACGCUUCGCCAUUAAGAAAGAUUAUAGUUGUAAUUAUUGAAUUCGAAAGAAGAAAUUAUAGUGUAAGUUGAUGUGAUUCAUUCAUUCUUGAACAGAAUGGUUGAAUUGAAUUGUUUGUUAGUUCUAUGUGUAAAGUGAAAACCGUGUGUUUUUAUAUUGCAUUUACCUAAAUAUUAUUAAUGAUGAAUGUGAUUGAAAUGAAUGAAUGAAUUAUUUGUUCUAGUUUGUACACUCAUGUUGAAUCAAUCUCAACACUAAAAAAAUAGUAACAUUCCUCAUGUUAUAGGGAAUCAAUUCCAAUAAUGUAAUUCUUCAUCCAUUCUCAUUUAAUGCGCGUGCACUACGCAUACGCAUUAAUGUCAGAUUAGUUUUGAAAACACAUCAAUAUUAAUUUGCAACAAUGUAAACUUAAAUCUAUAUUGAUUAGUUCCAAACUAUUCAGGUAAUAAUAAUUGAGCAUUCUAGUCUUGAAUGUUAUAUUGUAAUAUUUAUUUAAUGUGACGUUUUACUAGAUAAAAAUAAUAACUAUUGAAGUGUGUAUGCUCAAUAAUUGUCAUGAGAGCAAUAAUCAAUUUAUAGUUAUCGAUUAAAAAUAUAAAAGAAAGUGAUAAUCACAAAAUUAAUUCAGAAUCAAUUAAAAUUUCAAUUGUAAUAGAAAGGUUUGUAUGAUUUAUUGACAAUUAUUACAACGCAUCUGAUCAAUGCAUCAUUAACGAAUCACAUUUUUAUCAAAAAUUGAAAAUUUUGGACAAUGUUUGUAAAUAGUUGCAAUUUAUACAGAUAGUACAAUAUUACUCAUAUCGUAUAUUUCUUACACUCACAAAACACAACAUUUUAAACACUCAUAAGAUUAAUAAUACUAAUAACUGAACUUUCAAGGUGUAAUAUUUCAUCUUGAAUAAGAAACCUAUUUUUAUGUAAAAUAUCAGAAAGUGAACUUCUCUUCUUCCCAAAGCACCUAUUAUAUGCUAAACCCGAAAUGUUUUUGUGAUUAAGUUUGAAGAGUGAAUAUUGCUGUUGUGGAACUUUUCCAUAAUUUGAAGGAUAUUGUCACAUAAUUCCACUUCAUGUUGAACUAAUCAAGUAGAUUUUUCGGUCAAUAUCUUCAGUCUCUUCUAUUUUUGAUAUUAUUCUGUUUAUGCCGAACUACCUACAGUACCAAUAUCUAAUUAUGAUAUUUCUUUUGGAUCUUUCAAUGAAUAUUUUCUAUUGCAAGAAUCAUAUUCAAAUCCUAUUUAUAACAUGAAUCAUUCUCAAAUAACUCAUUUGAAAAUAUCUUCCAUUAAAAUGCAAAUAAUAUAACUGCAUUUAUCAUCAAAUUCAAUUCAAAAUUUCAUUAAAAACUACUUGAGUAUAUCACUGGUUAUCUUGUGACUAGAUUUCAUUUAUUCACUUCCUAAAGAUCAUAAAAUUUUUAUUUCAGGGAUUGGGAAAUUUUAUAUUAGAAAAUUCAUAUUAUUAGAUCACAAGUAGAAUAUUGAAUCAAACUCCUUACAAUGUGAAUUACAUUGAGUUGGAUAUAAUAUUAUGUUUGGAGUGAAUUAAUAAUAACUGCAGUUUAUUGGGACAAAAUAAAACUUGAAGAAUUUAUCAUUGUCUUUCUUCAUUGGAAAAUUGUUGAAAAUACUUUCAACCACCAAUCAACAUUCCAUUAUAUGUUAUUCUAUAUUAUUCUAUAAUAUCUGAUACUAAUUUAUUUGAGAGAACUUGGUGAAAUCUUGCUUGAGUACCGGUAUUGAUAAGAGUGUUAGCAGCUUUUCACACUAACACAACUUAUUUAUUUGACCAUGAAUAUUAAUGAAAUUUCUGUACAAUUUUUUGCUUAUUCUUGAAGAAAUUGUACGAUUUAGUAUUCCACUCCGUCCAUUAUAUCUACAUUAUAUCUAUAUUGAAUUCUAUGUACACCAAGCAUGGAAGUUUUAUUGCUAAUCUCAAAUCUAAAUUGACACCAUACUAUUAUAAUGCAAUUGAUAAUAAACUUGAUAAAUAAUAUGCUGAAUAACCAUAAAUUCUUAUGAACUCCAACGUUUUAAUGCAAUAAACCACUGUAUUGUAUACCUGUACAUAUUACUGCAAAAAAAACUGUAAUCAGUAAUUGAAAGUGUAUGAAUGUGAAUAUGUUACUAAUCUUGUGUAAAUAACAGCUUUCUUUUUCAAUACCUACCUAUGUGAUGUUUGUGAACUAUUUUCAAUACAUUAGGUACCACAUAUUUUCAUGUUAUUUCACACAUUUUUUCAGUGAUAGUGUACCUUCAUUAUCACUUGCAGAAUUAUUAAUGUAUUAUGAUGAACAGUAUCAGAUCUCUCAAUUAAAUUUAUUUCAAAUCCAUAAGUAUUUAUGUAUUAUCGUGCAAUUAAGAUCAAAUAUUCUUUUUCCAGUUUAUUAUUGAAUAAAAUAUUUCCACUAGUUUGUGUAAUUUUC